AUACAUUUUCAAUUUUUAGUGCAUGAAAAAUGCCUAGUAGGUGCAGUGCUCCAAGAUGCACAAAUUCUAACAACGAAGGGUAUUGCUGUGUAAGAUUUCCUGAAAAUAAUGAAUUAAAAAGAAAAUGGAUUGAUGCUGCUGGAAUUCCGGAUUGGAAUCCUCCAAAAUCAGCAGUACUGUGUGAGGUUCAUUUUGAUCAAUCGGCAUUAUACUGCGUAGGCAACAAAAAACUUAUAAAUAAAAAUGUUUUACCAAAUUUCUUUUGUAAGUGUGAUAUGAUUCAUAAUAAAAAAUAUCGAGUUAUAAAACAGAAAAAAAAUUCCACAAUGACAAUGAAAAAUGCAAUUAGUGAUCAUAAUUACUUUUUACGAUCAUUAUGUCAGACUGAUUGUGAGAAUUAUCAGAUAAAAUUGAGAAGAAGAAAAAGUUUGAGACAGUUUAUUCAUGAUAAAAAUUGUUGUGUAGUAAAAAAAUCUGUGAAUAUAAAAAUGUUAAAGAAAUUAGUUACUAAAGGAGUACCUGUAAAAGAAGAAAAUAGUUUGAACAUGAAGUUCUUACAAGACUACAAAGGAAUGCAAAUGAAGUUAAAUAAUAUUAUACAGGAAAAUAAAGUUUUAAGGGAAAGAGUUCAUCGUUUACAAGAUGAUUUUAUGCAUAUUAAGUCCUUUGGAUUUUAUGUAAAGCAUUAA